CUUCGGAUGCACCGUACACUAUGGUUCACAUCAAUGUGCUGAAAAAAUGUACGUGUAUCCUUGUGGUGCUGCUGGUCGCUCUGACAGUUUGCCUGUGGAGAGAGACGAGGAGGAGCUACUAUGUUCCCUUCAAGACUGACAGUGAGGAUUUGCAGGUUCCCAGGACUUUGGGCAAAUGGACCGCAGUUAAAUCACAGGGCUUCUUCCAUGGAGCAGCUUUGCUCAGUAACCAGAAUAAGGUAAAGGGCAUGGCCUCUGUGUCAAUGCCCAAGAAAACAGCAGACACUGUGAAGGUGUGGGAUAAGGACAGUUCAUCCAAGAACCUCAUCCCCAGGCUGCAGAAGGUCAGAAAGAACUACUUGUCCAUGAACAAGUACAACGUGACCUACAGCGGGAAGAGGAACGCUGCUAAGCUCAGCCCAGAGAAGCUGCUCUGCGAGCUGCGGGACAGGGUGAACGUGACCAUGAUACAGGGAUCAGAUGGUCCAUUCAAUACCUCUGCGUGGCAGCCGUUCCUACCGAGGAAAAGCCUCAAUGAAACCGUGGGCCGCCUGGGACGCUGUGCUGUUGUGUCCUCAGCAGGGUCUCUGAAAUCAUCUCAUUUGGGACCAGAAAUAGACAGCCACGAUGCCGUCUUACGGUUUAACGGGGCUCCUACCAAGGGAUUUCACGAAGAUGUGGGGGAAAAGACAACAGUUCGUCUUGUUAACUCCCAGCUGGUGACUGUGGAGGAGCAGCAGUUCCUGACAGACGCGCUCUAUAACACUGGAACCUUGAUCGUGUGGGACCCGGCGCCGUAUCACGCCGACGUGGGUGAGUGGUACAGAAAACCAGACUACAAAUUCUUUGAAAACUACAAGCGGUAUCGGAUUAAACAUCCAGAGCAGCCCUUUUACAUCCUGAAUCCCAAAAUGCAGUGGCAACUCUGGGAUAUUCUGCAGGAGAAUUCCCUGGAGCACAUUCAGCCGAAUCCACCUUCUUCGGGAAUGCUUGGCAUUGUGAUCAUGCUGUCCCUCUGCGACGAAGUGCACGUGUAUGAAUUCCUGCCCUCCAAGCGGCAGACGGACAUCUGCCACUACUACCAGAAGUUCCACGACCGUGCCUGCACCAUGGGGGCCUACCACCCGCUGCUCUUCGAGAAAAACCUGGUGAAGCAUCUCAACCAGGGCACAGACGAGGAUAUCUACACGCACGGGAAAGUCACCUUGCCCGGCUUCCGAAACGUACACUGUUAACAAAUCAGUCUGUGCUGUG